UGCUCAAUCACCGCAGAUGAGAUUGUUAGCAUUGUCAGACCGGUACUAGAAGGCAUCCAAUAUCUACGCGAGCUCGGAAGAGCACUCGCUACCCUGGGCCCGGAUACGAUCCUGCUUACACAGUCUGGUGAUGUUAAGAUUAGGGGCGCUGAGAGUAGCUGUCAAAUCAGUCAAUCGGAAAUGAAUUCCGCCACGAUGAAAUUAUGCGCUCUAGCCGAUAUCGUCACCAAGUUGAUGUUAAAGAAUCGGACCUACGAGUGGGAACAGGAGAUCCAAAAUUUACCUCGGCAGCUGGAAAGUGUCUCUAUCGAGGAACUAUUGCAGAAUGAGAUGUUCACCCGAACGUCCAGCGAAGGGGAGUUGAAGUUGUUGGUCAGCAUAGCGAACAAGACUGCAUAUCACGGUAUCAAAACUUACUAUGGUCGUUGUUGA